AUCACAAUGCGCAAGACCCUCCGCCACCGCCCCAUCCUGCGCCGGCCGCCGGCCGCCGAAACCCCGCCGCCCGUCUCUCCCCCAUGGUACGCCGCGCCGCGGUCGACGCUCCCGCCCCCGCCUCCGCCCGCGUCCGAGGACGAUUCCCUCCUCCUCGUCGCCGCGUCCGAAGUCGCGCUCGCCCUCCCGGUCCACCCCGCGCCGCUCCUCCGCCUCCUCCCGGCCUUCACCUCCGCGCACUUCCUCUCCCUCCUCCGCCGCAACCCGCUCUCCGUCCCGCCGCUGCCGCUUCUCUCCCUUUUCCGCGUCCUCCUCGCCUCCCCUCCGGGCCUCUUCCGCCACACCCCGGCCUCCUUCCUCUCCAUGUCCCACCACCUCCACAGCCACCGUCUCCCCCACCUUGCGCUCCCCCUCCUCCGUAUGCUGGCGUCCCGCCUCGGCCACGGCUCCCCGCAGCGGCUCCUCACGCAGCUCCUCUCCACGGUCUCCCCCGAUGACCCGGCCCCUCUCGUGUGGGAGCUCGCCAGAGCAUAUGCCGAUGAGGGCCUCCUGCCUGACGCCUGCUCCCUCGUCCUCCUAGCGCUCCGCAGCGCCGUCCACGUCCCAGUCCCCGCCUGGUCUGGCAUCAUGAGCCGGCUUCCCACUGCUACCGAAGCCUACGCCUUCUACCUGCGGCUGCUCGACGCGGGUGCUCCCCCAGAGGCCAAGCUCUUCAACGUGCUAAUGCGUGAUAUGAUUAAAUCGGGUGAACUUGCCUGCGCGCGGAACGUGUUCGAUGAAAUGUUGAGGAGACGUGUGCGGCCGACGGUGGUGAGCUUCAACACCUUGAUGUCAGGAAUAUGCAAGGCGUCCGAUCUGAACGGUGCAAACGCUCUGCGAGGGCUAAUGAUGAAGGCAGGUGUCGCGCCAGAUGUGUACACCUACGGAGCUUUGAUGCAGGGGUUGUGCAGGGCUGGGAGGAUACCAGAUGCAGUGGAGAUGUUUAAGGAGAUGUGUGAGAGAGGUGUGAACCCCAACACUGUAGUGUUCACGACAUUGAUAGAUGCACAUUGCAAGGAGGGGAAUGUGGCAGCUGGGUUGGACUUGUACCGGGAGAUGGCAACAAGGGGUGUACACACGGAUUUGGUGGUAUACAAUUCGUUGGUGAAUGGCCUUUGUCGAGCUCGAGAUUUGAAGGCCGCCAAUGACAUUGUGGAGGAGAUGAGGAACACUGGUCCCAAGCCAGAUAAGGUGACUUAUACCACCCUCAUUGAUGGCUGCUGCAAGGAGGGGGAGUUGGACAUGGCUGUGGAGAUGAAGCGGGAGAUGUUGGAUGAAGGGGUUGCAUUGGACGAGGUCACUUACACUGCGCUCAUCUCAGGACUGAGCAAGGCAGGGCGUGCAGUUGAAGCAGAAAGGGUUCUAUGCGAGAUGAUGGAGGCUGGUUUGGAACCUGACAACACAACUUAUACAAUGGUGAUUGAUGCCUUCUGUAAGAAUAGUGAUGUGAAGAUAGGCUUUAAGCUGCUGAAAGAGAUGCAAAAUAAGGGUCUAAAACCAGGAGUUGUGACAUAUAAUGUGGUUAUGAAUGGGUUCUGCAGGCUUGGCCAGAUGAAGAAUGCGGACAUGCUUCUGAAUGCGAUGCUUAAUAUUGGGGUGCCCCCGGAUGAUAUAACUUACAACAUUCUUUUGGAUGGACACUGCAAGUAUGGAAAAGUUAGAGAUGCUGAAGAACUGAAGAGUGCAAAAGGAAUGGUUUCAGAUUUUGGGGCUUAUACCAAACUAAUCAAUGAAGUUCUCAAGAAGCCAACUAAGAGUUACCAUGACAAUAGAUAGUUUUGCUGGAUAGAUGCAGUUAUUUGUACUUCCCUACCUGUAACAACCUUAGGUGUUGAAGAUUGAAAAGGCAACAUUAAUAUAGUUUGCAUGCUCAGACUGAUGAAUCAUGUGAAUGUACCUUGUUGAGCACAGAUACCCCGGCUUUGAAGACUGCUGUCAGGGAGGGCAAAACAGAGGUUCUGGCAAAUCAAGGACUAAAUAUGUUUCAUGAUUCUCUGUUCAGUCAAUGCAUCUUGAUGACAUGUUUGCCAAGAUCUGAGAUGUCUUAGCGACUGGUCUACCUGGUGCAUGGCUGUGGUUGUGCCUGUUGGGUCCAAACUACUUGUACUUUGCAGUCAUGCUACAGGACAACAUAACAGAUUUGCAUCUGUUUCAAAUGUCGAAAUCAGAAUUCACAGCCAAUUCUGUCAGCUUGGGCAGAAAUGGGAUUAUUGCAAGGAGCUGAACUUGUGAUAUCAUCAUCCAUCUUGGUUUGAUGGCCCAUAUAGGCGUCUGUGGUAUUUUCAACUUGCUUGUCAUCACGGUUGAAUAUGUAGUGAAGUUUCAUGUUCAGUCUUUAUUUGACUGAAGUGACGCACAGAGCCUAGUGAGACUUUGGUUACGAAAUACUUGAGCCCUCCAACAACUAUCUAGCUUGAACAGCCUUUGCCAUCCCGUAUGCUGCGGCUGAAGCAAGCGCUCCAAUAAUAGCAGUCUGGACAGCGCUGGUGAAUGGGCGGUUCCCUGUAAAGCGACCCUUGAUGUAGCCAAAGAAAAGCAGCGCCACCAGUGUGACUCCAACAGAUGUAAGCAUGGCAUUUUGAGCCGUGGAGAUGAACAUGUAGGGCAGGAGAGGGACCAACCCACCGAUCACAUAAGAUAGUGCGAUUGUACAGGCACUCUGCAGUGCCCUUUUCGGAUCUGGUUUCUCCAAUCCCAGCUCAAACCUGAACACAUUGCUCUGGUUAGUUGAGAAAAGCAUUUACCACCAUCCGUUAAUGAUACUUCUAAGUUCUUACCAUAUUUCAUUGGGUGGUUAAUGACUAUUAACAUUUUUCA